AUGGCUGCCGAAAUUGCAAGCUUCGAAAACUCAAGAUGUUGUUCAUUCGGGGUAUUAUGCAACUUCACGCCCAACAUCCCUGACCUCCACCCUGUCGCCGCCGACACAGCGAGGCCAAUGGUUGUUCGAGGAAGAGCAAAACUUCAACCGCCUCCUACAAAUGCUGUCUGGACGUCCGAUUCUUCCUCUUGCUAUGAGUUGAAUGCAAGGUGUCAGGAUUUCAUUACUCGUUACCUUGGGCGGAGCCUCCUCACACCAGGUGACCCAAACAUGUUGCAAGUGAACCGCAAGCUCCUGGAACUGGCCUUUACUUACCCUUUCCUAAUGCAUGCCUCCCUCGCUGUGGCAUUCACAUAUGACCGUCAUCUCAACAGCCCCUCAGAUUAUCACCGGACUCGAGAAGAGUGCUAUCACUGGUCUCAAAGUGCAGGUCUUUUUCACAAGCGACUUAGUGAACCAAUCCAAGCCAAAGACAAGGAUCCAAUCUGGGGUACUGCAGCUGCUCUGGCUGUUCUGACCUUUUCAUCCCCUGACGCAACCUCGCCUAAAGAGUCGUGGCCACUCAAGUCAUCUGGUCCUUUAGAUCUUAACUGGUUACGUUUGAGCGAAGGAAAGAUGGCAUUGUGGCACACGGUCAACCCGCUGCGGCCAGACAGUCUUUUCCAUGUCAUGGCGGCGACUUAUGCUCAGAUGUACGCGCCAUUUCCAGAGAGAGGUACAGAUGGCGUUCCAGAAGACUUGGCUGCCUUGGGUCGGCUUGAUAGCUCAUCUACGGCGGGAAACAAUCCGUAUUUCGAUGCCGUCCACGGGGUGUCCAGGAUACUGGAUAUCCCGGACGACGAACUCACGACCGGCCCAACUCAGCUCUUCUUCCGCAGUAUUCGUGGUCAAUUCAAGGAACUUCUCUGGAAAAGGGACCCUAUAGCGUUAUUGCUACUGUAUCUCUGGUAUCGCAAAGGAGGUCGUGGUAUAUGGUGGAUUGAUCUCAGAGCAAGGGUGGAGUGUCCUUCCAUCUGCUCGUAUCUGCGGGUGUACCAUAAAGACAACUCGGCUAUACAAGCGUUUCUACCGGGAGGAGCUUUAGCAGAUAAAUGGAACUAG